AUGGAGUGCGACGCUUUCGCAUCAUUGUUCUCCCAACCUCGAGCGGCCAGUAAAAAGAAACAGGCCUUCAGCAGCACACGAUCGAAACAUGUCCAGUCUUCAGCCAAGCGUCCCCGAUCAUCACCGUCGCCAUCAGCGGCAUCACCGUCAGGCUCUCGUUUCGUGAAGUGUCCGCUAUGCGGGAAGUCGGUGCACUCGUCUCUGGCCCAGACACACGUGGAGCGGUGCCCAGGAAGCGGGGAGGAACCGAUUUCAUCAGCCGCCAAGAAAGUGCCGCCGGCAGCCGCCUCUGCCCCCGCGCACACCCCAGGAGUCUCCUCUCCACAGCAAGAGGCGGGCGGAAAAGCUGACGCCUGUGUUGCUACCAGCCUGGUUAGAAGGGAGCGAUCAUUGGCGGAAAGGGUUUCUUCCAUCCCGGUGGUGGAAGCAGCGGCCGGACCUGAUGAUGCAAAAUGCGGCAGCAUAGGGGACAGCGGGCGAGAGAAGGCAGGAGCAGCAGGAACACCGCCGCCGAGCAAUAGCAACGGCGACGAUUUUACCGGCGACGGGCGGCGAAGUCGAGGGAGAAGGAAGACCACCAGUUGCAGCAGCGGGGAAGCCGGUGACAGCGCCACGGACCAAGAAGACGACGCGUUCGCGACACUUAUGGCCGCUUCCGCCCUCACCAACUUCAGGGAAGAGAUGUACCUCUUGGCACACCAGGACGGUACGCUAUCCUGGGGCUGGGGGCCCGCCGGGAACCCUCUCCCUCCAAUCCCUGCACACUUCGACACCGCCAGCAGUAGGUGGCGCUGCCAGGUGGCUACAAAGGGACCAGACGGCCGAAAAGCGGGCACGUGCGAUAUCUGGACAAAUCUCGCCCCCGCCGAAUCCGUUACUGACCCCGUGUUGCCGGCUGCGGGGCGUGGCGGCGACAGGGUGACGAGGGGGGUCACUCCAGCCGGCGGCGACGACAAUGCGGGUUUGAAGGCCGCGCGGCCAGCCCAAAGCCUGUCUCGGUUACCUGUAGCGGUUGUCAAGUCCAUGCUGCAGAAGAACAUCAGGCGUGGGAGAGCGGAGGCGGCUGUACGAUGUGCGUUGGAGCUGGCGCUCAAGAGCUGGAGCGAUGCCAUUCGCCGGGUGCUGGUGAUUACCGUGGAGGACUCUCUGCUGCACCCCGCCGCGCCGCUCCUCACCUGGCUCAUGGUCGCCACAUCCAAAGGCUACCGCCCACCGCCUCGACUGCUGGAGGCAUUUCUCUGCGUGGUACACGAGACGGCGGCGUGCCCCGUGCGAGAUUCAACCGAUUCCUCCUGCCGUCGCCGCCGUGGGGGUAGCAGCAGCACGUGCGUGAGCAACGGACACCACCGCGAAGCGGGGUUUUCCAUCUCAUCAGCGGCCAGGACCGAUCAAGACCCGGAACGACAGCAGCUGCCGGUCGAGAAAAAAUGUUUUGACGCUGACGAGUUCCCGGUACCGCACCCAAAAAGUCUGCUGGUUCCUGCUAGUCAAGGUGCUCACGUUCAUGUUCAUGGGAGCAACACCAAGGCGCCAGCAGUAGCAGCAGCAGCCGCCGCCGCAGCAGCAGCAGCAGCAGCAGCAACAACAACAAACGCUGCCAUCGCUGUGGCAAACAUCCGGCGCGCUUUGCUCAUGCGCGUGUCCUACGGGGGCAUGGCAUUCGACCAAGCGCUCCUGAAGGGGGUAUGCCUGGCCUGGGGAGAGCGCUGUGGACACUGCUACUACUGCUGCUGCCGCGGUGCGGUUCAUCCCUCAUUCACCCUUACUGUUGCUGCUGCUGCCACGGCUGCCUCUGUCGAUGGAAGUACCGGCGGCAGCAACCCCUCAUGCCUCGAGGGCGAGAAAGCCUCUACUUCAGGGGAAGGCACGAUAUUUGCAAAAGGGAGCGGUUCCACAGACAACAAACCCGUCACACCGCAGCGCCAACCACCCAGCCCGCCACACGUCGACCACAAGACGUUUUCAUUCGCCAGACCCCGUGACCAAGAUGCUGGCAAAGCCAAUCGUGAGGACCUUGUUGACAUCCUGCAACCGUUCGGAUACGCCCAUGAGAGCGUGCGUUCGGCCUUGGAGGGUAACGGAUGGACGGCUUUUCUUGUGGCAGCUCAUGCCGGAACCGGGAUGCCGCCGGCCUUACGCACGCAUCUCUUGGCGCAUGUUGUUGGUGUGGGGUCUGGAAGAGCGGGAGAGCGGACGGGAAACAUGAGGCAGAAGUCGUCAGGUGGAGGAGGAGGAGCAGGAGGAGGAGGGGGAGGAGGAGAAAAACGCUUGACAGCUGCAAGUACGUCCACACACCCCAUCUGCCUCGGUCCCAUCAUCCGAGAGGCCGAUGCCAUUCUGAGCGGCGUGGAUUUCCACUGCAGCGGCGUUCUCGACGAGCUCUUGCGGUCGACAGCGGUGGCCGCGAGGGUAGGGAAAGCGAUCAGCGAGUCUCGUGGACCGAGGAGCAACGGUGUUGGAGACGCUGAAAGUUCCGAGCUCGACCUUGUCGGCGUUAGGCAGGCCGCGAAGCAGGCCAUGUGGGCCUGCUCCAGCGGAAUAAACACCCGGAGACUUCGGGUGGCGUUUUUAUGGGAGGCAGGAGAGGAGGGCGAGGAAACGGAGGUCGCAGAGGGUAACUGCGGGUGUUGCUUGUCAAGCCCAGGAUAUUUAGAGGAAACGGAGGGAAUUGUUGGGGUGGGUGAGGAUGGUGUUUCUUUGCCGGUGGGGAUUGCGGGUGGAUCGUCUAGCGGCAUGGACGCCAGGGUGUGGGCCGCAAUGUCGUCGGAUGUGUCGGGGUGGACCACUAAGUUCGUGCAGGGAAGACUGAGCAGGGGUUGAAGACAGUCCGCGGCAGCUGCACCAUACUCACCAGCAGCGCUAUCGUGGCGAGUGGACUGCUGCAUUUCUGUCCCUUUGAGGAAGUGAGGAUUGGUUGGGGCUCUUUCUGUUGUUGAUGCAAGUCAGAGAGGCGUCGCGCUGACACGGUCUUCUUGAUAUUUUCCACGUUGGCCCAGGUGGGCAAUUGUUUAGGUUCGCCAGAUUGCGAGCACAGCAGGGCAAUGCUUUUGACCUUGUUCAGCUCACUGCCGUUCGAGAGGACUGGCUCGGUGUCAGAAUGCGAGCGCAGCAGGGCAAAGCUUUUGACCUUGUUCAGCUCACUGCCAUUUGAGAGGACUGGCUUGGUGUCAACGAUGGUCAAUACUAGAGGCAGGCAGCAGUGGUGAACUUAACUGUUGUUCAUGGACUGCAGCGUGUCGUGUUUAUGGCGGCCUGGAGCUACAAGAAUGGCUACUACAGGGGUUUCACGAAAGGCAAUGUAGACAAGCACCUGCUAUUGUAUAGGGAGAGAGUUGGGUGGAUCGGUG